AAGAUCAUGUCAGUUGUCAGAUUCACAUGGAUUAUUUUUUGUACCGCUUGCUUACCUUCAAAAUAAAAUAACGCAGUUUUUAAAUAGGAUCCAUUGGAAUGUUUCAAGGCUAAAUUAAAUAAAAGUGAAACCGAAAUGCCGACUACAAGAAAGAAAGUGAUUAAAACAGUAUACAAAGAUGAAGAAAGCGAAGCUGAGGGUGGUGAUUUCAGUGAUUCGGGAUCAGACGCGAAGAUUUCUGCAGAUGGUGAAUCUAGCUCCGACGAAGAUGCUGAAGACGACGAAUUCGAUAAAAAGAACAAAAAAUCUAAGGCUAAAAAAACUAAGAUCAUUGUUGUGAAACCCAAGUUUACGAAAAGCUUAUUGAGACAAAUAAAAAAACAAGAACGUCGAUCGACGAACGCCGGCAAGGAAGAAGACGCCGACAUUCCCUCUUCACAUUUUUGUGUAAAAGAUCUGAAAGAUGCAGAGAAAUUGCUACCAAUUCUUAAUUUGUCAGAAAGUGAUUCCAGUGACAAUGAAUCUCCUAACGCUUCUAAUAGAACCACUAGUACCUCAGAACCAUCUGCAGAGGUUAGCCAAGAUUCAAGCAAUGACAAUGAAGGCAUGCAGUGUCAAUAUGUAUGGUCAAAUAACAUCCAAGAAAACAGUGAAGAAAUUGCACAGAAAGCUUUUUUGGAGCUUGAAAAGCACAAGGCAAAAAUUGAAGAGACUAAAGCUUCACUUGAGAAGUAUACCUUGAAGGUAAACUCAGAAAAGGAAUCUGACGUGAAGGACCUUCUUGCAAUGGGAGAAGAAGUUUUACCUGAGGAACCUGAAGAAAAAAUUGUAACAAAGAAACCAAAGGUUAGAAAACGUAAAGAUGACAGCGAUUCUGAAAUAGAGGAUUGGGAAGAAGUUAAAGAAUCAAAAGAAAUACCUCAGCAAGGCAUACAACUUUUUGUCGAGUUCCCUGAUGCUGCGAGCAGGAAAGAGCGAAAAAAAAUGGACGUUGAAAUGAUGAUGAAAAGGAAAAUAAAUCGCGUUAAAAAAGAAUAUCAAGUUUACAUGCAUAAGGUACAUGUUUUAUGUUGGUUAGGCCACGGAAAUUAUGUGAGCGGUGUUUUAAAUGACCAGGAGCUCAUGGCAGCAGUAUUAACUUUAGUCCCAUCGAAAGAGUGCUAUCCUGGAGAGAGAGUCGAUAUGAAAUAUGUUGAACAAAUCACAACUUGGUACAAAGACAAACUAUCACUUAAACAAGACAAACAUGAAGAUAAAUUCAAACCAAAAGCCCCACCUCUCAAAACUUUAUUAUUAGAACAAAUUAAAAGUAGAGUUGUAUCGGCAAAAAAAUAUUUAGUUUUCAUAUUUGUUAUCAUGCUACGAGCAUUGGGACUACAAUGUCGUGUAAUGUUUAAUUUUGUUGUACUGCCCCUAAAACCACCGAGUUCUGAACUGUGUUCUCUUGCUACAAAGCCAAAAAAAGAAAAGGCUGAUAAGCCCAAUAGCACUGAGCAGCCUAAGUCUCCAUCCGUAAAAAAUGAGGAUAAGAAAGAUGAAAAAGAUAAGGAAAAAGCUGGUCCAUCAAAGCCCAAAGCCAAAAAGCAAAAAAUUGCUCAAGUAGAUGGAAAUGACGACAGCUUUCUUUAUAGUGAUGAUGAAAAUAUAAUGCAAGUUGACGGUAGUGAUGAUACCGUGAAUGCUAGAAAAGCUAGAGCUAACAAACGAGCAAAAGCAGCUAACCCGAAUACAGAAAAGUCUGACAAUGAAGAUGUAUCACCAGCAAAAGUAGCUAAAACUCGAGCAGGUCGCGUUGCACCUUCAAAACAGGAUACAAAAAAAGUUGAAGAAAAAGUUACUUCAAAAAAAUUAUCACUGAAAGGGAAAAAUACUAAAGAAGCGAUUGUAGAGAAAGGUAAUGCGGUUGAUAAACCACCUAUUGAAAGCAAGCCUCAGAAAGUAAAUACUAAAACAGCUUUAGUAGUAAAACCUGUUAAAAAACAGGCAAUAAAGAAUACUGGAGAAGCAAUCGUUGAAAAAGAUAAUGCAAAAGUUAAAACACCUGUCAAAAGCGUAACUCGCGGACAAAAACUAAAAGCUGAAAAUAUUGUCAAUUCAUUAGAAAACAAAGAAAAAAGUCCUGGAAAGAAAUCAACUAACACCAGAAGUAGGUUGCAAAGAAAUAACAAAACUACAAAUGCUAACACUGAUAAAGACAUUAUUGUUCCUAAAAUAUCUGUAACUAAUGAGAAUGCAGAGGAUGUGGCAAGUAAAUACUUUGAAGAGACAAAACCGGCAGCAAAAACUAGUCGUUUAUCAAGAAAACGUUCACAAACCACUAAUCCUGAUCCUUCCAAAACUGCAAGUAAAGUUGAUGAUAAAAGUAAGGGAAAAGUUGCAGCUAAAGGCCGAACAAAGAGCGCUCCUGGUGCAGCUACGGAAAAAAGCAAAUAUUUCGAAGGACAAACGUCUAAAGAAAGUACUCCUAAAAGAGCUUCAAGACAAAUAAAAAAAGAAAUUAAAGAAGAAGAUAGCCAAAGAGUCAGCCAUAGGGAUCUUGUAAAACCUUCGAAAGGAAAAGGUGAUGUUACUAAGGAUUUGGUAAAUAUCAUCAAAGGCCGGGUCAAAGAUGCAAAAUUGGAAUCAAAGAAAGGAUUGGUUAAAGGUAAAAUCAAGAAAGAAUCUGAUGAAGACAGUGAUUAUUUACCAGUAGAAGAACCCAUACGACGUAACUCUGAAAGUGAUGAUGAUUUCAAGCCCACCAAAAUUAGUCCCAAGCCGAGCACAAGUCGCCGCAUAGACCGUCGUGUCCUAUCAUCAGUCUCCAGCGAAGAUACCAAGAAGAACCGAACUGACGUGUGGUGCGAAAUAUUUGUUGAAGAACUAGAACAGUGGAUCUCUGUUGAUGUCAUCAAAGGGAAAGUUCACUCUUCUGGUGACCUAUAUAGUCAUGCCACACAUCCUGUGUGCUACAUAGUUGGCUGGGACAACAACAACUACUUAAAGGAUUUGACACGUAGAUACGUACCCCAUUGGAACACAGUAACUCGUAAGGUUCGCGCUGAAACUCCUUGGUGGAACAAGGCGAUCACACCCUGGCUUGGACCAAAGACAGCAAGAGAUAAGGAAGAGGAUGAAUACCUGGAUAGAAUGCAGUUAGAAGCGCCGUUGCCAAAGAGUAUUGCUGAAUACAAAAACCAUCCGUUAUACGUGUUAAAGCGGCACUUACUUAAGUUCGAAGCUCUGUACCCGCCUGAUGCUGCUGUGCUCGGGUUUGUUCGCAACGAACCAGUGUAUGCGCGGGAGUGCGUAUACACGCUCCACUCCAGAGACAUAUGGCUCAAGGAAGCUAAAGUUGUGAAACUGGGAGAAAAACCGUAUAAAAUCGUUAAAGCACGUCCUAAAUGGGAUAGGCUUUCAAAUAAACUGAUAACUGAUAAACCUCUGGAAAUAUUUGGACCAUGGCAAGUACAAGAUUACGAACCACCAACUGCAGAAAACGGCAUAGUACCUCGCAACGCUUAUGGCAAUGUUGAACUGUUCAAAGAAUGCAUGCUGCCUAAGAAGACUGUUCAUAUAAAGUUGCCUGGCUUGAACAGAGUAGCCAAGAAACUGAACAUAGAUUGUGCGCCCGCGAUGACCGGGUUCGAUUUCAACGGUGGAUGGACCCACCCUGUAUACGACGGAUUCGUAGUUUGCGAAGAAUUUGAGGAAAUCAUUACUGAGGCGUGGGUAAAGGAUCAAGAAGAACAAGAACGCAAAGAAUUAGAAAAAAUCGAAACAAGGGUUUAUGGUAACUGGAAGAGAUUGAUUAAGGGCUUGUUGAUUCGUGAACGUCUAAAGAAUAAAUACGGGUUUGAGGACCCAAGCACGUCAGAAACUACAAAAAAAUCUAAAGGACCAAGAUUGGUUGUGAAGAAAAAAUCAUGAUAAAAUUAAUUACACUCUUUUAUUAAUUUUAAAAUUACAACUAAAUGCAUGAUAGUUCAUAACAUAAGAAAAUGCCCAAUGUUAACUGCCUGUAAUGUAAUUACUUGUUACAUUGGAAAUGAGGUUUGUGUAUCAUGUUGUGCAUGAUAGAUAAUGUUAGUUAUUAUUAUUUUACCUGAGAAUAAGAUUGUUAAAUUUAAUUUAAUAAGUUCUUAUUGCAUUUUGUUUUUAUUUUUAAGUUGUUAUAUUAUUUAGUAUAAUUAUUAAUUUUAAAAUUAAUUGUCCCCCUCUACCUCAUUUUAUUAAGCAUCACAAAAUAUUGAAGUGAUACCGAUUAAAAAAGAAUUACACAUGUGAUAAAUCUAGCAGCCUAAGUUAAUUAUCAAGUCUAAUGAAAAUCUCCGUCUAUUAUGUACCUUUAACUGUCUUUAUUAUAGCUAUAAUUUAAUUUUAGACUAACGUAAUAAUUUAAGAUUUUUAAUACAAUGUGUGUUUGUAUCUUGAAACUCCGAACAAUUAAAUUUAUCUUUUUUUA